CUGUUAUAUAUGAUUUUUAUUAAGCAUACUGUAUCAUAUGUGUAUCAGAAUUGUAUCAGUUCCCUGUGUUGACGUCUGCAUUCGUCCAUGUUGCCGAUUCCUUUUGCCAUACAGCUGCUAUUUAAGUCACAUCAGAGAACCAGCAAUAUUCACGAUUGUAUUUUCAAGAUGCUGUCGAACAUUUAUCCCGAAACUUACGCGGUAACAUGGUGCGUGUAUGGUCGGCUUUUUUCCUUGGGCUACGCAAUGCCGGCCAUAACCUCCCAGCAGGACCAAAGAAGCUUGGUAUGUUUUCAAUACAUUGUAUAUUGGAUCAUUUAUCUGACUUACAUUUCGAAAACUUUAGCAAAUGCAAUGGUGAAGAAGAUUCAACAACGGCAACAUGUUGACGCCGUCGACUUCUCCAACUUCCAAGUGGUCACAACACCCGAAGUUCAGCUCAUGUACAGGGUAUGAGAAUAUAUACAGCCAUAAGUAUGCAGUUUC